AUGUACACCCAUUAUAUUAGGAAAAGAAAAAGAAAUUUUAGUUGGUGUCUGAUUUGCAAGGAAAAAGUUGAGGCAGAGGUGUGGAUUGCAGGCCUCAAAACAUUAAUUUCCUCUGGUCAGAGUGGACGCUCCAAAAUUGAUGGCUGGAAUGAUGGAGGCCUUUACCUUGAUGAUGGCAGAGAUCUGACAUCAAAUAGCGCAAGUGACAGUUCUGUCAGUGCCACUCGAGAUAUUAGUUCCCCUGAAGUUUUUGUCAGUUUUAACCCUAACACUUCACCUAAGAGUUCACAACCUGAUAAUUAUUUUCAUUCUAAAAGGUCACAUGCAGCAUCAGAAGGCACAAAUAUGGAUGUAAAAGGAUCUGGUUCAUAUGCUUUUCGUGUUAGUGUUUCUAGUGCCCCAAGUACUUCUAGUCAUGGUUCUACACCGGAUGAUUAUAAUGCUUUAGGGGAUGUGUAUAUAUGGGGUGAAGUUAUCUUUGAUAGUGCUGUGAAGGUCGUUGCUGAUAAGAAUGCCAAUUAUUUGAGCAUGAGGGCAGAUGUACUUCUUCCCAGGCCUUUAGAGUAUAAUGUAGUUUUAGAUGUACACCAUGUAGCCUGGGGGUCAAGCAUGUUGCCCUAG